AUGCGCGCGGUGCGUUGUUAGAUGGAGCGGCUGUCUGCCGGGGCUCGGAUGCGCACAAAUAUCAUUCGGUUCUCCGUUUAGGUGUUUCAGGCUCGAUUUGAAGGCGACCGAACAGGUGGGAAGAUGGGCAACGGUUCGAUGAAGUCGAAGCGCUACAAACACGCCGACGGGUGUCCCGCUGCCUCCAACGGCCGAGCCUGCAAAGAUCAGGGCUUCAAAAACCUGGAUCUCCUGAGGGCCCGAGUGGAGGAGCUGGAGCGAGAAGGCAAGAGGAAGGACGAGGAGCUCAGCGCCAGAGAGCAGCAGAUCAAAGGCCUCCAGGAGCAGCUGGCCCAGCAGACCCGAGUCCUGGCUGAGCUGAGCGAGGAGCUGCAGAGCAAGUGCAUCCAGAUCAGCAAGCUGCAGGACGUGGUGAAGAGCGGCGCCUCGGCCGGUCUGGCUUCACGGCCUCCGUCGGUGAAAGCCGGCGGGAAGAGCAGCCCCAACCUCAGCGUCCGCAUCAAGGAGAGCAUCAACAGGAGGAAAGGGGCCAAAGCUGGAGUGUCGGCAGAACCGACGUCCAGAACGUACGACUCCAGCAGCCUCCCCAAGUUCUCCUUCGAGAAGGCUCGGGUGCCGAAGGACGCCAGUGUGAAGAAGCUGCUGACAGACGCCCUGAACAAGAACCAGUACCUGAAGAGGCUGGAGCUGCAGCAGAUCAAAGACAUGGUGGAGUGCAUGUACGAGCGCACGUACCAGCAGGGCGAGUACGUCAUCAAGCAGGGGGAGCCUGGCAACCAUCUGUUCGUCCUGGCAGACGGGAAGCUGGACGUGUUUCAACACAGCAAACAUCUCGCCUCCAUCACGGUGUGGACCACGUUCGGUGAGCUGGCCAUCCUGUACAACUGCACACGGACGGCUUCGGUGCGAGCGGUGAACAAAGUGAGGACAUGGGCUCUGGACCGGGAGGUGUUCCAGAACAUCAUGAGGAGGACGGCCGAGACGCGGCACGAACAGUACCGCAACUUCCUCAGAAGUGUUUCACUCUUGGCUAAUCUGCCGGAGGACAAGCUAAGCAAAAUAGUGGACUGCCUGGAGGUGGAGUACUAUGACAAAGGAGAGUACGUCAUCCGGGAGGGCGAGGAGGGCAGCACCUUCUACAUCAUCGCACAGGGAAAGGUGAAGGUGACCCAGACCACCGAGGCCCACAAGCUGCCGCAGAUCAUCAACACUCUGCAGAAGGGAGACUACUUUGGAGAAAAAGCCCUCAUAAGUGAUGAUGUCAGGUCAGCCAACAUCAUCGCCGACGAGAACGGGGUGGAGUGCCUCGUCAUCGACAGAGAGACAUUUGAUCAGACGGUGGGCACCUUCAACGAGCUGCAGAAGUACCUCCAAGGAUACGUGGCAACACUGGAUCGCGAUGACAAGAAGAGACAUGCCAAGAGGUCGGUGUCGCGUCACCAGAGUCAGCCGCUGUCUCCAGAUGUCAUCCAGCUGAAGGAGAUGGUGUCGGCGUUUCCUCCAUCCAGGCCCUUCGAUCACCUGGAUGUUAUUGCGACGCUCGGGGUCGGCGGGUUCGGGCGCGUAGAGCUGGUGAAGGUGAAGGGUGAGGACAUCACCUUCGCGCUGAAGGUCAUCAAGAAGAAGCACGUGGUGGACAACAGGCAGGAGGAGCACAUCCACUCAGAGAGGAAGAUCCUCGCUGAGGCGCGCUCGCCGUUCGUCGUCAAACUUUAUCGUACGUUCAAGGACAAUAAAUACGUGUACAUGCUGCUGGAGGCCUGUCUGGGUGGAGAGAUCUGGAGUCUGCUCAGAGACAGGGGGAGCUUUGAUGAGCCCACUGCCAAAUUCUGCGUCGGUUGCGUCACGGAGGCUUUCGAUUACCUGCAUCGCAAAGGUGUCCUCUACCGAGACCUGAAGCCUGAGAAUCUCAUGCUGGAUGCUGAGGGAUACAUCAAACUGGUUGACUUUGGUUUUGCCAAGAAGAUCCGAUGUGGUCAGAAGACUUGGACGUUCUGCGGUACUCCGGAGUACGUGGCUCCAGAAAUCAUCCUGAACAAAGGCCACAACUUCAGCGUGGACUUCUGGUCUCUGGGCAUCCUGGUGUUUGAGCUUCUUACCGGCAGUCCUCCGUUCUCAGGAAGUGACCAGAUGAUGACGUACACGUUCAUCUUGAAAGGCAUCGAGAAGAUGGACUUUCCCAAGAAGAUCACCAAGAGACCCGAGGACCUCAUACGGAAACUGUGCAGGCGAAAUCCGUCGGAGCGACUCGGCAACCUCAAAAACGGAAUAAUCGACAUCAAGAAGCACAGGUGGUUCAAUGGCUUCAACUGGGAGGGACUGAAGGCGAGGAGUUUACCGUCUCCGCUGAAACGAGAACUCACCGGACCGACGGACAACAGCUACUUCGACAGCUACCCUCCAGAUGAGGAGAGUCCUCCUGAUGAGCUGUCCGGGUGGGACAUGGACUUCUGAGAACGUCUGCUCCAUCUUUUCACUGUUUUCCCUUCGUUUCUCACCGUUAAUGACAAAAGUGAUGAGCAAAAUGGGUUUUCAGGCGAUGCUGAUCUCCUCUAGCAGCCUGGACGUCCUCGAGUCCUCCACAACGGCAGCUCGUUACUUAGUGAACUUAGUGUGAACGGUUUUCUCCGUCCAGAGUCAGACUGUGAGCAGUGGUUGUGUAGCAGUCACUGCCUGGUUCAUACGUUAGCAUUAAAGCUAAAAUCCAUCAGAGGAGGUUACAGAGAUUCUCCACAUUCUGCUGCAGGUUCAUUCCAUCAAUCAUCUGAAUCAGCUGAUUUAUUAUCUACACUAACUUCAAUAUGUUUAUUGAAGCCACGCACAGUUUUACCUUCAUACUAUGAAUAUCUUCAGAAUUACAGACCCUUGAAGUAGAUAUGAGUAGAGUGAAAUUUCUCGCUUUUUCGACCAGCAGAUACACAUGAAGCUUUCAGGGCUGAAAAACACAUUUGAGUUUUGUUAAAAAAUGCAACCAAAUCACAACACUCGAGGCAUCACAAUCUAAAUCUCUGUUUUUCAGCAUCAAAACAAUAGCUUAUAUUAUAGUUUCAGUCGCAGAGCUGCAGCAGUUAAUAUCUGUGAUAUGGAGCAAUAGAGGGUUAAGUACGUCUGUAUUACAUCCUACAGAGUGACUCAUGUCUAGAAGAUGAUCCUGGUAUCAGAUGUGUGGAAAAAUGAUCCUUUCAUUGUCUAGA